CGACACUUUUUAGUAUUUUCCAUUCAGAGCCGCCUGGUCACACUACUUGGCAUUUACACAUAAAUAACUAUAAAUUUCGGGUUGUUGUUCUUUUUUUUCGUCCGGUUACAUAGCACGCUGAAUAAAUACCCGAAAGUUAGAGAUCAGCCGAUUCCAGAAUGCUUUCGCUGCAGAACCAACGGCAACCGAAGACCACCGCCCUGGUGGACGACUACGAGAUCUCGGACACGGUUCUGGGACUGGGGAUCAACGGGAAGGUGGUGCAGUGCACCCACCGCCGCACCAAACAGAACUAUGCACUCAAGGUGCUGCUGGAUAAUGAGAAGGCCCGUCGCGAGGUGGAUCUGCAUUGGCGGGUCAGCGGAUGCCGGCACAUUGUGAACAUCAUCGAUGUGUACGAGAACACGUACAGCGGCCGCAAGUGCCUGCUGGUGGUCAUGGAGUGCAUGGAGGGCGGUGAGCUCUUCCAGCGCAUCCAGGACAAGGCGGAUGGCGCCUUCACGGAGCGCGAGGCGGCCCAAAUAAUGCACGAGAUCUGCGCGGCGAUAGACUAUCUGCACAGUCGCGAUAUCGCGCAUCGCGACCUCAAGCCGGAGAACUUGCUGUACACCACCUCGCAGCCGAAUGCGAUCCUCAAGCUGACGGACUUUGGCUUUGCCAAGGAGACAUUUACCAAUGACACGCUGCAGACGCCCUGCUACACUCCCUAUUACGUGGCUCCCGAGGUUUUGGGUCCGGAGAAGUACGACAAGAGCUGCGACAUCUGGUCGCUGGGCGUGGUGAUGUACAUCAUUAUGUGCGGAUUCCCGCCGUUCUACAGCAACAACGGCAUGGCCAUUUCGCCGGGCAUGAAAAAGCGCAUCCGCACCGGCCAGUACGACUUUCCCGAUCCGGAGUGGACGAACGUGAGCCCGGCGGCCAAGGAUCUGAUCAAGGGCAUGCUGAACGUGGAUCCCAGCAAGCGUUUGCGCAUCCAGGACGUCAUCCGCAACAAGUGGAUCGCCCAAUUCAAUGCCGUUCCACAGACGCCACUUUGCACGGGUCGCAUGCUCAAGGAGAGCGAGGAAACUUGGCCGGAAGUGCAGGAGGAGAUGACGCGCUCACUGGCCACCAUGCGCGUGGACUAUGAUCAGGUGGGGAUUUUGGCUUAAUAUAUAGAGAUUUUAUUUCAGGAUUUA